CACUCCUCUGUACACGAACCAUGCGCUGAGGACCUAAAUGCCCAUCAUACCCAAUAGUUAGUUCCCUACGGACGCAGGGAGCGCAAGAUUCCUCAAUCAAAGUCAUUUAACAUUUCUCAAUAAAUCGUUAAACGAAGGAAGAUGUCAUCGCUUGGACAGGGUAGCGAGCCCAGCAUCAACUACGUUGAUGCGAGCAACUGUUCCCCUCCAUCUGGCACAAAGCUCGCCGUUGACACCGAUUGUUCGAUAUCCUCAUAUCCCGUGUUGUUGUGGGGCAACUACAUUUUCUGGCCGUUGUCGUACAUUGACAAUCGGUUGUCGCUGGCAAUAGUUCAAACAAACACAGCAGGCGCUACCAUCAGGACCGUGGAGGCAACUGGUGCUCGCUAUAUCAACAACAUCCAGAUCGAUACUGCCAACAAAAGAGUGAGCUUCGUUGGCCAGGCUGGAAUGGUUGCUAGUCUGUCUUGGAGUAUUCUCUUUGGAACUCGAGUUCUUAAUAAUCUUGGGCAGUUUGCGCCUCAACUUCAAUCGGCAGCAGCUCCUGUAGUAGUCAAGAAUGAUGACACCGAGCCCUCAUGCCCACCAUCCCAUCGCCAUGAGUUUGAAGUAGGCAUAAUAUGCGCCUUGGAGACCGAGUUCAACGCCGUUACCCCGCUCUUCGACCAAUACUGGGACGAGGAUGGCGAUCGCUACGGCAGGAUCUCAGGGGAUCAAAACACCUACACAACUGGCAGGAUAGGCAAAUAUAAUGUGGUCCUUGCCCUCCUACCGGGUAUGGGUAAAGCCAACGCAGCGGGAGCAGCAGCAAACUUCCGUUCCAGCUACAGAGGAGUGCAGCUUGCUCUGCUUGUGGGUAUUUGUGGCGCUGUCCCAAAGAAUGCAGAAGGUAAGGAGAUAUUGCUGGGUGAUGUUGUGAUCAGUCAAUAUGUAAUUCAAUAUGACUUUGGGAGACGUCUGCCGGACAAAUUCAAAAGGAAAGAUACACUGCAGGACAGUCUUGGGAGGGCCAAUGCGGACAUCCGCGCCUUUGUGGCGACAUUAAGGACGCGAAGAUUCUUGCACCUUCUCCAGUCGCGAAUGCUGCACCACCUUAAACAUCUUCAGAUGAAGGUCGAUGAUGGGGAAUAUGAGCCUCCUGAUAUUGCGGAAGACCGAUUGUUUCAGCCUGCCUAUCGUCAUAAACAUUCUGAAGAUCAAAACUGUCAAAUUUGCAACCAGUGUACCGGCAAAUCAGAUCCUGUCUGUGAAGAAGCUCUCGACUCCACAUGUAUAAAACUGAAAUGCGAUGAGAGCCAACUAGUGCCAAGGCAGCGACUUGCAGGUAUAAAAGACAAUCAGAACAGCGGUAACGUGCAUAAGCCUGCUAUACACUUUGGGCCGAUUGCAUCUGGGGACACAGUCAUGAAAUCUGGGGAGGAUAGAGAUAUGAUUGCUGCAAUCGACAACAUCAUUGCCUUUGAGAUGGAGGGAGCAGGUGUAUGGGACAACAUGCCCUGCAUCAUUAUUAAAGGCGUCUGUGACUAUGCAGACUGUCAUAAGAAUAAGAAGUGGCAGCACUACGCUUCAGCCACUGCUGCUUCUACUAUGAAAGCUGUUUUGGAACGAUAUAUUCGAACGGACAAGCGGUAACCUUCAGCCGCAGGUGAGACUGUGGGAUAUCUCAUGGAUCAAUUCAGGCCAUAAAUGACACAUAGUCAGCUGCUAAGUCGUCCCGUUGCAGGAUCUGCAAAAAUGAGAUUCACUAGGUCGUUGCUACUGGGAUAUGACUAUCUGC